GUCAAGCGAAUCGACUAACCAAGCGUUUGACCAAAUCUUAAUUUGACACUUAUCAGUCAAUUUUCAUUUUCUUCAUUUUUUAAAAAUUCGUAUUUCGUGAUGGACUUAGUAACGAUGAACAAAUGCCGAAUUAUAUUUUUCGUAUGGAUUUUUAUUAUUCCUGUUAAUUGUUUUCUUAGAAUUGACCAUGGACAAAAUCAGGAUACAAAUUUAGAAUACAUUAAUAUAUACAUAACAGAGGGAGGAAGAACUAAACGAUCUACAGACGACACAUUCCAUCCAGUCACAUACGACCUUGAUGUGCCAUUGUCAAAGUCGCAUCUUUACUUACAUUUGACCCGGAAUGACAACAUUAGAACGUCGGUACCAACAUUUAGCCUUAAAGGCAACUCGGUGACAUAUCACAACUUAGAAGACAGCAUUGAAUCCGUUUUCUACCAAGACGUAGUGCAUGGUGCAGUGUUUGUUUACCAAUAUGAUAAGUUAAAAGAAACGCACAUGUUUGGAACUUUCAACAUAGGUAGCGAUGAAUAUAUCGUCCAGACUACCAAAAAUAAGACGUACACAAAACUGCAGUCUGGGUUUAAUCAGUUCGAAAUUAGGAAGGAAAAAAUCACUGAAAUUGAUUUCAACGACUAUCUAGGAAAAGCUUAUACAACAAAGCAACCUUCUAACAGACCUCACAGACAGAAAAGGGCUACUGGAUUACAACAGUUAGAGUUACUGAUAGUGGUAGAUUAUGCUGUAUAUAAAUAUUGGUAUGACCAAAGUACACAGACAUCUGCAUCACAAAAAGAAACGGAAGCGCUAACAUCAGUGAGGCAGUACUAUGCUUUUAUCUGUACUGGUAUGGAUGGCAUGUACAAGAAUAUACAAACCUCGUCGUACACCAUCGAUGUUGUGUAUGCUGGUAUAGUUAUUGCCCAGACACCAUCAGAUGCUUCAUGGACAGAAACAAUAAAAAUCACAUCAGUUACACCGAAUGUAGUAGAUUCAUCAACUGCUCUCCAACUGUUCCAAACAUGGAAUCGUAACCCACCAUUCAGUCUACCCGGCCAUGAUCAUGCUAUGUUGUUUACGAGGUAUGAUUUAAUGGCUGAUGGAUCAACCGGGAAUGCAGGACUUGCAUAUGUAGGUGGUGUUUGUACUAGCAGUAGUCAAUCUAUUGUAGAAGAUAAAUUCAACUUUGUUAUCAUAUCAGUGGCAGCACACGAAUUGGGACAUUGUUUAAGUGCAUCACAUGACGGCGAAGGCAAUGGAUGUAGUGGUAGUGAUUCCUAUAUCAUGGCGUCUAGUGUCAGUCCCCAAACCGACCCAUCUACCGCUACACAUCCAUGGAUAUUUUCAACAUGUUCGACUACAUAUUUUACGAAUUACAUUAAUUCAUUGGAUUCAGUGGGGAAUAAUUGUAUGAAGACAUUAAGUGCAGGAUUUGACCCUACAGGACUAACACCUUAUGACCAACAACUAGCAGGACAAGUAUUUUCAGCAGAUGAACAGUGUGUGCAGAUACGUGGAACGGGAUCAUUUUUCUGCAAUGAUCGAUAUGAUGGUGACUUUUCUACUAUUUGUACUAUUUUAUGGUGUGCUGAUCCAUCUGGAAACGGGUUCUGUAAUGGUAACAUAGGAGGGGAUGGAACACUUUGUGGUGACAAAAAGUGGUGCAAAACUGGUGUAUGUGUCUCUGAUGUCAACGCCCCAGCAGGAGAUGAUAGUUGCCUAUAUGGUGAUAAAAAGGGUGCAAUUUACUCUGACGGAAGAACAUGUGUAGAUUUGGUAACUGAAAAUAAAGCUUUUCAUUGUCAAUAUAUUAGUGAAUCUUGUUGUUAUUCUUGCUCCGACUCAACAACAACGUCAACAACAACGACAACUACUACCACUACACCCGAACAAACUACGUCAUCAAUAACCACUACAUCAGGACCAACUACGCCAUCAACAACAGCAACCUCCGGACCAACCAUGUCAACAACUACUACAACCCUUGGAUCAACUACCACUGCAUUAUCAACCACAACAACACAGAGCCAGGUCAAUUCUGCUGAUCAACAGUGUGUACAAAAACUUGGUACAGGGUCAAAUAUGUGUCGGUACUUUUACUUCGGAGAUUAUACAUCCAUAUGUACAAUUCUGUACUGUUCUGCACCCUCUUCAACGUCGUGUUACACAUAUAGGGAUGGAACAGCGGACUACACACUCUGUGGAAAUCAAAAGUGGUGUAUUAGUGGAGUCUGCACGUUUGAUUCAAGUGCCCCUGUUGGAGACGAGACCUGUCUUUAUGGUGAUCGCAAAGGUGCAGUUUUUAACAAUGGUUGGACUUGUGAAGAUAUGGUCAGGGAAGCACCCAAUAAUUGUGUAAGUGUACCGACUGAAUGCUGUGCCUCGUGUGCACCUACAACAACAACAUCAACAACUACUUCUGCAAUUACAACAACUGAAGAAAUUACCACUACAGUUCAACCUACAACAACUGAAGAAAUUACAACUACAGUUCAACCUACAACAACUGCAGAAAUUACCACUACAGUUCAACCAACAACAACUGAAGAAAUAACUACUACAGUCCAACCUACAACAACUGAAGAAAUUACUACUACAGUUCAACCUACAACAACUGAAGAAAUUACUACUACGGUUCAACCUACAACAACUGAAGAAAUAACAACUACAGUUCAACCUACAACAACUGAAGAAAUAACUACUACAGUCCAACCUACAACAACUGAAGAAAUGACCACUACAGUUCAACCUACAACAACUGAAGAAAUAACAACUACAGUUCAACCUACAACAACCGAAGAAAUAACUACUACGGUUCAACCUACAACAUCCGAAGAAAUUACCACUACAGUCCAACCUACAACAACUGAAGAAAUUACAACUUCAGUUCAACCUACAACAACUGAAGAAAUUACAACUACAGUUCAACCUACAACAACUGAAGAUAUUAGCACUACAGUCCAACCUACAACAACUGAAGAAAUUACCACUACAGUUCAACUAACAACAACUGAAGAAAUUACAACUACAGUUGAGCCUACAGCAACUGAAGAAAUUACCACUACAGUUCAACUUACAACAACCGGAGAAAUAACUACUACGGUUCAACCAACAACAACUGAAGAAAUUACCACUACAGUCCAACCUACCACAACUGAAGAAAUUACCACUACAGUUCAACCUACAACAACCGGAGAAAUAACUACUACGGUUCAACCAACAACAUCCGAAGAAAUUACCACGUCAGUUCAACCUACAACAACUGACGAAAUUACCACUACAGUUCAACCUACAACAACUGAAGAAAUUACAACUACAGUUCAACCCUCAACAACUGAAGAAAUUACAACUACAGUUCAACCUACAACAACUGCAGAAAUUACCACUACAGUUCAACCUACAACAACGGAAGAAAUUACCACUACAGUUCAACCAACAACAACUGAAGAAAUAACUACUACAGUCCAACCUACAACAACUGAAGAAAUAACUACUACAGUCCAACCUACAACAACUGAAAAAAUUACUACUACAGUUCAACCUACAACAACUGAACAAAUUACUACUACGGUUCAGCUUACAACAACUGACGAAAUUACUACUACAGUUCGACCUACAACAACUGAAGAAAUUACCACUACAGUUCAACCUACAACAACUGAAGAAAUUACAACUACAGUUCAACCAACAACAACUGAAGAAAUAACCACUUCAGUUCAACCAACAACAACUGAAGAAAUUACCACUACACUUCAACCUACAACAACGGAAGAAAUUACCACUACAGUUCAACCUACAACAACUGAAGAAAUAACUACUACUGUUCAACUUACAACAACUGAAGAAAUUACCACUACAGUUCAACCAACAACAACUGAAGAAAUUACCACUACAGUUCAACCUACAACAACUGGAGAAAUAACAACUAUAGUUCAACCAACAACAACUGAAGAAAUAACCACUUCAGUUCAACCAACAACAACUGAAGAAAUUACCACUACAGUUCAACCUACAACAACGGAAGAAAUUACCACUACAGUUCAACCAACAACAACUGAAGAAAUAACUACUACAGUCCAACCUACAACAACUGAAGAAAUAACUACUACAGUCCAACCUACAACAACUGAAAAAAUUACUACUACAGUUCAACCUACAACAACUGAAGAAAUUACUACUACGGUUCAGCUUACAACAACUGACGAAAUUACUACUACAGUUCGACCUACAACAACUGAAGAAAUUACCACUACAGUUCAACCUACAACAACUGAAGAAAUUACAACUACAGUUCAACCAACAACAACUGAAGAAAUAACCACUUCAGUUCAACCAACAACAACUGAAGAAAUUACCACUACACUUCAACCUACAACAACGGAAGAAAUUACCACUACAGUUCAACCUACAACAACUGAAGAAAUAACUACUACUGUUCAACUUACAACAACUGAAGAAAUUACCACUACAGUUCAACCAACAACAACUGAAGAAAUAACCACUACAGUUCAACCUACAUCAACGGAAGAAAUUACCACUACAGUUCAACCUACAACAACUGGAGAAAUAACAACUACAGUUCAACCAACAACAACUGAAGAAAUAACCACUUCAGUUCAACCAACAACAACUGAAGAAAUUACCACUACACUUCAACCUACAACAACGGAAGAAAUUACCACUACAGUUCAACCUACAACAACUGAAGAAAUAACUACUACCGUUCAACUUACAACAACUGAAGACAUUACCACUACAGUUCAACCUACAACAACUGAAGAAAUUACUACUACGGUUCAACCUACAACAACUGAAGAAAUAACCACUACAGUCCAACCUACAACAACUGAAGAAAUUACCACUACAGCUCAACCCUCAAUAACUGAAGAAAUAACAACAACGGUUCAACCUACAACAACAACUGAAGGAAUUACAACUACGGUCCAACCUACAACAACUGAAGUAAUAACCACUACAGUUGAGCCUACAACAACUGAAGAUAUAACCACUACAGUUCAACCCACAACAACUGUAGAAACUACUACGGUGAAACCUACAACAACUGAAGAAAUUACUACUACGGCUCAACCUACAACAACUAAAGAUAUUAGCACUACAGUUCAACCUACAACAACUGAAGAAUCUACCACUACGGUCAAACCUACAACAACUGAAGAUAUUUCAACUACAGUUCAACUUACAACAACUGAAGAAAUAACCACUACAGUUGAGCCUACUACAACUGAAGAAAUUACUACGGUGAAACCUACAACAACUGAAGAAACUACUACUACGGUUCAAUCUACAACAACUGAAGAAAUUACCACUACAGUUCAACCCACAACAACUGUAGAAACUACUACGGUGAAACCUACAACAACUGAAGAAACUACUACUACGGUUCAAUCUACAACAACUGAAGAAAUUACCACUACAGUUCAACCCACAACAACUGUAGAAACUACUACGGUGAAACCUACAAUAACUGAAGAAUCUACCACUACGGUCAAACCUACAACAACUGAAGAUAAAACCACUACAGUUCAACCCACAACAACUGUAGAAACUACUACAGUAAAACCUACAACAACUGAAGAAUCUACUACAACGGUCAAACCUACAACAACUGAAGAAAUAACCACUACAGUUGAGCCUACAACAACUGAAGAUAUAACCACUACAGUUCAACCCACAACAACUGUAGAAACUACUACGGUGAAACCUACAACAACUGAAGAAUCUACCACUACGGUCAAACCUACAACAACUGAAGAAAUAACCACUACAGUUGAGCCUACAACAACUGAAGAUAUAACCACUACAGUUCAACCCACAACAACUGUAGAAACUACUACGGUGAAACCUACAACAACUGAAGAAUCUACUUCAACGGUCAAACCUACAACAACUGAAGAAAUAACCACUACAGUUGAGCCUACAACAACUGAAGAUAUAACCACUACAGUUCAACCCACAACAACUGUAGAAAUUACUACGGUGAAACCUACAACAACUGAAGAAUCUACCACUACGGUCAAAGCAACAACAACUAAAGGAAUUUCCACAACCGUCCAACCUACAACAACUGAAAAAAUUACCACUACAGCUCAACCUUCAACAAAUGAAGAAAUAACCACGACAGUCCAACUUACAACGACUGAAGAAUUUUCCACUACAGUCCAACCUACAACCACGAAAACUACACCUACAACUACGCAAUUACUACCCUCUAUCACUAUUGAGUUUAGAUACAGAUGUAGACUUCGGAUUAGAAUCACUAUUACGAUCAGUCUUACUGAUACGACUACUCAAGGCUAUCGACGUCUUUUCAACCAGGUUUUGAGAGCGCUAACGAAUUAUUAUAGGCGAUCAAGAGCAUUGAGACGUUUCUUUAGGAGAAUAGUUCUUCGUACACUAAGAAUUGGGAGCCUGAUACCAGAGUAUGAUGUCUAUCUAGAUGAAUCAUCUCCCGGUGACGUAAUUGCGGCUGGUUACGACUUAGUUACUGGGAAUGAGACCUUAACAAUAGGAAAUGAAACAGUUCAGAUAGAUUCGUCGUCUGUUACUUUGAAUAACCAAACAGCCACUGUUACUUUAGGUGAUAACUUGUGUGAGGCAUUCAACAAAAUCAGUAGCUGUUCUGAUAACUAUGUUUGUAGUAUUAAUGCUAGUACGGAUGCCCCAUACUGUGCGUAA